GUUGAUUUAUUGAGAAUUUUAAAUUUACAUACUAAUGUAAAAUUUCCAAAGGAUCCACGAAAACUUCUCCAUACUCCUACAUCUACAGAUGUUAAAGAAAUGUGUCAAGGACAAUACUGGCAUAGUGGUUUAAGAAAUGCAAUAAUAAAUAUUUUGAAUAAAAGGCAAUAUUUACAAUUUACAUUUAGAUAAUAAAACAGUUAAUCUCUUCAUAAAUGUUGAUGGUGCACCUCUUGAUAAAUCAACGCAAAAAUGUCUGUGGCCUACAUUAUGUUCAGAUGACAUUAUUAAAGAAGUUCAUGUUGUCGGUAUCUACUAUGGAGGAGGAAAACCGAGUGAUGCGAAUAAAUUUUUAGAAUCAUUUAUAGAUGAAGCGAUUUCAUUAAUUAAUGAGGGUAUUGAUUUUAAUAAUAAUAAUUAUAAAAUACGAAUCAAGGGAAUGAUAUGUGAUUCACCAGCUAAGGCGUUUAUUUUAAUGGUUAAAAGUCACAGCGGCUAUGAGAGUUGUACAAAAUGUUGUAUUCAUGGAGAUUACAUUGAAAACACAAUAUGUUUUCCAGGAUUUUGCGAUGUACUUAGAACUGACGAAAUGUUUAAAAACUUUAAUUAUAAUUUAGAUUAUCAAAAUAAAGAAACCAAGCUCAUAAACAUACCGUACUUUGAAUUGGUAUCUAACGUUCCGUUAGAUUAUAUGCAUCUGGUGUGUCUAGGAGUGAUGCGUAAGUUAAUUCAGCUUUGGUUAAACGGACCAAUCAAUAAAAAUGUACGAUUUCAGUCCAACAUUGUGCAUGAAAUUUCUAAUGCGUUAACAGAUUUUGUACAAUUUAUACCAUCGGAUUUUAACAGAAAACCAAGAGCUCUGAAAUACUUAAAAUAUUGGAAAGCCACGGAAUUUCGUUUAUUUUUAUUAUACUUGGGACCAGUAAUUUUACGUAAACAUUUAAGAAAAGAUUUAUACAAUCAUUUCCUAGAAUUAUAUGUCGCUAUUACUAUCUUAGCUUCACCAGUUCUUUCUCUUCAUGAUGUAAAUGUAUCUUAUGCGGGACAAUUAUUAAAUCAUUUUGUUUCGAGUUUUGAAACAUUGUAUGGUAAAAGAUAUAUCAGUCAUAAUGUGCAUAAUUUGCAACAUAUUGCAGCAGAUGUUAAGAAAUAUGGAGCCUUAGACAAUUUCAGCGCAUUUCGAUUCGAAAAUUUUAUAGGAACAUUGAUAAAACUUGUGAAAAAGGGUGAAAAACCACUCCAACAAAUUUCCAGAAGAUUGAAAGAGUAUGAAUUAACGUCGCAAAAGAAAAUAAAAAUUUCUGGAAAUUUAAUCAGAUUGGAACAACGCCAUUAUAACGAUAAUAAGAAUAAUUGCUGUUUAUUAGAUGAUGGCUCUAUUGUUGAAGCGCUAAAUUUUGUUCUUCAUGAUAAUAUACCAUAUGUUAUUGGUAGAGAAUUUGUGAAAUUAAAAAGUUUAUAUGAAUAUCCUAUGAGUUCAUCUGAUUUUUCAAUCCACGUGUGUAAAGUAAAUGAUGUUCUUUUAUCAUGGCUAUGUUCAUUUAUAAGGGCCAAAUUACUAAAAUUACCUAAAAAUAAUAAAAAAGCACAUUCCGUUAUCAUUUUUCCUAUUCUGCAUACUAAAAUUAAUUAUAUGUAA